UCUCUGUCUUUUGCUCAUUCUGUCUCCUUCCUCUUCUCUUUCUCUCUCUCUCUCUCUCUCUCUCUCUGUGAGAGAAACUUCAAUUCCUGAGAUCGAAAGCUUUCUCUCUCUUCAAUACCCAGAAAACCCAGUUUCCCGCAUUUUCUCAUCUCAUUAAUUUGUGGGUAAAAAGUGUGGGACUUGCAGAAAGACCAUGCCAUUUGAGUCAGCUUUGCUCUGUGGUGCUGCAGUGAGCUAACUCUCCCAAUGUUUUCAUUUCAAAGGCCUCUGCUUUUUCUUUGUUCUAGAUAGUUGUAGUUUCUUGAUUUUGCAGAAAGUGGAGAAUGUGGAAGCUUUGAGUUUGGAGGCUCUUUGAUAAUAGCUCAUUUGGCUAUUUUGGGGAAUUAGGUGAGUUGGGUUUCUAAAGCCCUAGGUUUGGAUUGAGCUAAAGUUUCCCACUUUGGUGUUGUUUUGGGGAAUUGUGAUCUGGGUCUUGACUUUGUUAGGGGUUUUGGGGUGAGUUGGAAUCUGGGCAUUGGAGAAGUGAGUUUUUGGAUGUGGGUUUUGAAAGGGUUUGAGAUAGUGGGUUGGUGAAUUUUGAGGAUUUGAAUGUGAAUGUACAGACCCAAAGGGUUUGUGGAAGUGUAAGUUUGGGGUGUGGGGUGUGGUUGAAAUGUUAAGAUCUGUGUUUGAACUUGAAGAGCAAGGUCAAUGAAUAGUUAAUAUGCUUCUGGGUGUGUGGUGAUUUGAGCUUGUGAAUGCAAGUGAAAGUAGGGGUUGUAGAGAGGUGUUAGAUGAUCUGAGGGUUGUUGGAUAGUAUUGAGGACUAGGACAAAACCAUAAGGUGGUUGAAUUACAGCUUUCGAGCUAUUUUUUUACAUAAUUUAGUGAUUCUGGGUGGGAGACAAAAGCUGAGGUCUGUGUAGAAGACUAGAAGUUGGUGCUGAACAAAAAAGGUCAUAGAAUGUCAGGAGCUCCAAGAGUAAAGUCUAUCAAUGUGGCCAAUUCUGAGUCACGGUCCGUGCUUGGACCUGCUGGGAACAAGGGAGGGGCAUUCAGUGCACGAAAACCAGCUACAAAGCCUCUGAGAAAGACUGAGAAAAUGGUUGAGAAGGUUACAUCAGCUGAAGACAAGAAAACCCAGCAAUCGCUUUCUACCUCUCCUCAGUUGCAUUCUCUCAGUGUUCCUUCAGUACUUCGUCGGCACGAGCAGUUAUUGCAGUCUAAUUUUUCACUAAAUGCAUCAUGUUCAUCUGAUGCCUCUACGGAUUCAUUCCAUAGUAGAGCAUCUACUGGUAGACUGAUUCGAUCAAAUAGUGUAGGGAGUAGUAGGAAGCAGUAUGUUUCAAAACCAAGAAGUGUUGUUUCUGAUGGUGGAUUGGACUCUCCUCCUGGUGGUUCACAGUCAAAGAAACGGUGUGCUUGGGUGACGCCAAAUACUGAUCCAUGUUAUGUUGCUUUUCAUGAUGAAGAAUGGGGGCUUCCAGUACAUGAUGACAAGAGACUGUUUGAGCUUCUUGUCUUAUCUGGUGCUUUGGCUGAACUUUCAUGGCCUCUCAUUCUAAGCAAAAAGCACAUCUUUAGGGAAGUGUUUGCAGAUUUUGAUCCUGUUGCCGUCGCAAAGUUGAAUGAGAAGAAGUUAAUGGCACCGGGAAGUGUUGCAAGCUCCCUAUUGUCUGAGUCAAAGUUGCGUGCUAUCCUUGAAAAUGCACGUCAAAUGACCAAGGUCAUAGAUGAGUUUGGAUCGUUCGACAAGUAUAUUUGGAGUUUUGUGAAUAACAAGCCUAUAGUUAGCAGAUUCCGGUACCCUCGGCAGGUUCCGGCCAAAACCCCAAAAGCAGAUGUGAUGAGCAAAGAUCUAGUGAGAAGGGGAUUUCGUAGUGUGGGUCCCACUGUCAUAUACUCUUUCAUGCAAGUCGCCGGAAUUACAAAUGACCAUCUGGUUAGUUGCUUCAGAUUCCAGGAGUGUCUAAACGCCGCAGAAGGGAAGGAAGAGAAUGCCACCAAGGACGAGGCUGGAAAGAAAACCGAGAACGGGAUAGAAUCAGACUUGUCAGUUGCCCUGGACGAGUUGAGUUUCUCCUCAGACUUAUAAAGACAGUGUCUUGAUCACCCCGGUUCAAUCAUCAGUUACCUACCACAUUGACUGAUUCAGAGCUACUCAUACUCUUCUUGUAUAGGGUUAGGGUAGUGUUGGAAGAUGGUCUCGUGUGUAAUUAAUGAAUUCUGAAGCAAAUAUGGAUUUUCGCGCACUGUAGAUUACUGAAGUGGAUUAAAAUGAAACUGGUGAUUGUGCUGUUGGUGUGGCUUC